AUGGCUGUAAUGUCUUUUAAACAUGGACUGCGUCCGAAAAGCAAGUUGAGACAAUCACUUACCAAAUGCCCAGCCAUAGCACUGGAGGAUUUACGUGCCAGGAUUGAGCAGUACGCUUACCUUGAAGAUGAUCAGAUCCCCAUCGAGGUGGCAUCGGCCGAACAGACAACUCGAGAAAAUAGAAGAAGGGCAGAUCGAGGGGAACCCCGAAGAGCGUUGAAUGAAGUAGACAAGUCUAAAUCCCAUAAAGCAGUUGUUAUAGUCUUUAAGGAACCUAUCUAUCGUAUUAUGGAAAAAAUCAAGAGAGGGUUGUUCUUUACUUGGCCACCAGUUCAAUGUAAUCAAAAGCUCAGAUCCACCCAUCAUCAGGACAUGGGGCAUAUGACUCAGAACUGCCGAACAUUGAAGCAACACCUGGAGGACUUGGUAGCUGCUGGGCACCUCUAA